AUGGGAGCGAUCAGAGCGAGACGUGUUUUAAUUGUGUUGUUGUUAGUUUGCGUGUGUUUUAAUGAGAUAUGUGGUCAAGUGUACACAAUACCUGAUGUCACGAUACAAGCUCUAAAUCCGCAAGGGAUCAGAGUGUCAAUACCCGCCGAUCCAAAGAUUAGCCUUUUCGUAUUCCAAGGGAAUAUAAAUAGAAAAAUUAGUCAAGAAGAUGUGGGUACGAUUUCUGCUGAAGUAACCAGCCCUACUAAUGGCAGAUGGUUGUAUGAAAACCUCACGACGAAGUUGAAAGUUGGGGACAUCAUAAAUUACUAUGUAUUCGUAGUAUACGAUAGACGAGGCUAUGUUAAAGACAACUUGUCUUACACUGUAAAGGAAUUAGUAAGUCCGUCGAGUAAUUCAGUAGAUGUAGCAGAAUGCUUUCCUACUUCGACUGUGGUGAGGAAUGGGAAAGCUUGCGCCGGUCAAAUUAUCUUUGAGGAUAACUUUGACACCUUACGUGAAGACUUGUGGCAGCUUGAACAGUACAUACCUGGUGAACCAGACUAUCCAUUCGUUUCCUAUCAGCGCCCACCCAUCGCCCCCACAGUUUCAGUACAAGGGGGUUAUUUAUACAUUAAGCCGAUACUUCAGCAAGAUUUACCUGGAUUUUCCAAUUCAUCUAUCUACACCGGCACUUUGGAUCUCUUUAGUGGAUGUACAGCCACUGCAACAAAGUGUCUGGCUGAAGCUUGGGGUGCUAGUAUUUUGCCACCGAUAGCUAGCGGUCGAGUCACUUCAAGAUCAUUUGCUUUUACGUAUGGCGUUGUUGAAGUUAGAGCUAAACUACCCCAAGGAGAUUGGCUCUACCCAGAUAUCUUAUUGGAGUCACUGAUGAAGAAGUAUGGAGUGUUGAAUUACGCGUCGGGAGUUCUCAGAAUAGCCGGAUCGUGCGGCAACCCUCAAUUGUCAACGGUUAACAAUGAAGUUGGGAAUAAGCUUCUUUACGGUGGACCGAUGUUGGACAUGGGAUGCCGUAAUACUUUGCUCAGUCAAAAAUUAUCAAAUAAGGCCUGGGGUGAAGAUUUUCACGUGUACGUGGCGAGAUGGGAACCAGAAAGAAUAACGCUGUCAGUGGACGGGGAAGAGUGGGCCAGGAUAGAACCGGCAGCCAGUGGGCUUCAAGGCCGAUUCCCUCGUACCUGUGAUCUGCCGCGAUCAUUUCUCUCAAGAGGUUCCAAUAUGGCGCCGUUUGAUGAUCACUUUUUCCUAACUCUCGGAUUAGCAGCAGGAGGUAUCACUGAAUUUAGCGAUGACCUUACUUCAGGGGGGAGACCGAAGCCCUGGCGAAACAGUAGCAGAAAAGCCAGUCUUCGCUUCUGGGAGGACCUUGUUUCCUGGCAUCGUACGUGGAUUCAACCCGGCUUGGUCGUAGACUACGUAAGGGUUAGGGCACUUUGAAUAUGUUUCUGAUGAUAUUGUAUUUUUUAAUUUAGAUGUUUUUGGCACGGAUAACUAAGAGCUCGUGGAUGUUGUACAGUAAAAAGAAUAUUAAAAAAGAAACUCGUAUUGUAUUUGUGAGAGUUUCGUUCUUUAUGUUAUGAACAGUAGUCUGCUGUUGCAGUGGACUACUGCUCAGUACAGUAAUGGAAUAUUGUUGUAAAGUUGAUUUGAUUAUCAUGUAGACUAGUUGUUUGUACUGCUUAUAUCGAUAUAAUAUAUCAUUUAUCUAGUCUUUAUAAAUAUAAAAAAAAUCUAUUUAUAUUAUUUAAUAAAUAAUUUAGAUGUUA